CUGUUACUGGAGACAGUAUGGCUAGUGGGAAUGCUUCUGAGUCGACUCAAAAGCAGUCGGUGUCCCGAUCGGUUACUGAAGAUAGUAUGGCUAGUGGGAAUGCAGAGAGAGGAGUGGAUGAGAAGGAUGGGGGUAAGAAGCACAGAAGCAGUAGUAGCAGGCACAAGGAAGUAAGCAAAAGCAAGGGUGAGAGUAAGGAAAAGGAAGGUGGUAGAAGCAAGGGUGGCAGCAGCAGCACCAGCAAGUCUAAGAGUGGUGACAGGGAGCAGGCACGAGGCAGGGACGGGGAAGAGGAGAAAGAGAGGGAGAGAGUGAGGAGUAAGGACAGGCAUAAGGAGAAGGAGAAGGAUAAGGAAGAGGAGGGGGAUGGGGAGGCGGGGAGCCGGAGUAAGGAUGAGGCAAAGAAGCGUUCGUCUCGCACAAGCAAGAGUGGGUCGACUGGAGAGAGAAGAAGGGAGCGAGAAAAAAGCAGGAAGGAAAGCAGUAAGGAAAGCAGCAAGAGGAGCAGUAGAACAAGCAGGGACAAGGAAAAGAGAGCGAAAGAGGGCAGGGAUCUUCAGGGGGCUGACAGCGUGGCUUCUGAAAGCGUGGCUUCUGAGAGUGUAGGAGGGUCGGGGAGGCGACGGGAAGUGGAGAGUAGUAAUGAAGGCACGGAGAGGAGUUGCAGCAUAGGCGAGGAUGGGUUCCACCCGGGGUUCUGGGAGGCGAUCUCUGCUGGUGGUGGUGGCACGGGUGCCGAUGGUGCUGGUGAUGAUGGCACUGCUGCUGCUGGUGCUGCUGAGGGGGAGGCAUUUGCCCGCAUGCCCCCCAAGACCCCCAAGGCCCCGGGUCAUGGGCUCAUGAGCCGCAAUAUGAGCCGGGAUACCCUCUCUCGACCGGGGACUACCUCAUCCCGACCCGCCACCUCCCUCUCCUCCCGCCCGGGCACGUCCUCUCGCAAGUCCGGGACCUCUGGUUUGAAUUUUGUUGACUGCGAGUUUGAUAAAAUUGUUGAGGAGUUUUCCCGGCCCAAAUCGGCGCAUCCGAAGGAGCCGGUUCUGAGAGGUGAUGGGAAGGGGGAGGGGAGGGGGGAUUGGAAAGCAGCAGGAGGGGCAGCUGGGCGCGCGGCAACAGCAAUGGCAGCAGCGUUUAGAGAGACGUCUCAAAAGGCUGUAGCAUCAGCGGCUGUAGCGUCGGCUGCUGCAGCAGCUGUAGCGUCAGCUUCGUUUGUGCCGCCCCUUCCCCCCGCGUGCUUCUAUCGAGAGUUGAAAAGCUGUGGAAGAGCUCAGGCAAAAGGGGGCAGGGGAAAGGAGGAGGAGGGGGUGAUUCAGCGGAUGUGCUUGUGAUUUCACAUGGGGGGGAAGAAGACGAGACGGAUCCAGUGGAAAUGCUGAGGAGAGUGGAGGAGGAGCAAAAGAAGAGGGGAAUUGUAGGUGCGCAGGGGUGGGGGGCGAUUGGGCAUCUAAAUGCCGAUGAUAGAAGGAUGUUUUGGAGGCCUUCGUUACCACGGUUGGAGGAAACGGAGAUGGAGGAGGAGAUAGUGUCGGAUUCAGAUAAGACGCCUAAAGGGCGUAGGUCUAAGUCAUCUUUGGUGUAGAUACGAGGUAUUCAUAUAUCCGUUCCUUGACGAUUUGUUUUUUAGGUAUUUGUCUUUGUUGCGUGGCCGAUUCAAUCUAUACUGUUAUGC